CGUAAUCCCCGUCUCCUUGGGAGUCUCUUAUCUUUUCCUGAUCGUUUCUCAAGCUGUCCCUCCGCCUCGAGGGUUUUUCCUUUUUUUUUUUCUUUUUAUUUUCUUUUAUUUUCAUUUUUUUUAAUUUUUCUUUUCCUCUCAUUUUUCUUUCUUUUUCAAUUUCAAUUUCUUCCUUUUUCCCUCCCUCUUCUUCAAACCCUAACCCUAAAUUUUUUUUUUCCCAAAUCAUCACGACCAAAGCCACAACGGUUUUUGGUUUCUGUAAUUUCAUCUUUCAGUAGUAGAUGAUGCAGCAUCAGAGGCUGAAGCAACAGACCAUAAUGCAGUACCCCCAUCCUGCUCUUCUAGCUGCUCCCCAGAUAGAGCCUAUCUUGAGUGGAAAUCUGCCUCCUGGUUUUGAUUCGAGUACAUGCCGCAGUGUGUAUGUAGGUAACAUCCACCCUCAGGUUACAGAACCCCUUCUUCAAGAAGUUUUCUCAAACACUGGACCCAUUGAAGGAUUUAAGCUGAUUAGGAAAGAGAAGUCAUCCUAUGGUUUUGUUGAUUACUUUGAUCGCAGAUCAGCUGCUCUUGCCAUUGUGACCCUUAAUGGAAGGCAUCUGUUUGGACAACCAAUUAAAGUCAACUGGGCUUAUGCUAGUAGUCAAAGAGAAGAUACAACAGGUCAUUUCAAUGUUUUUGUUGGUGAUCUAAGCCCUGAAGUUACAGAUGCUACGUUGUAUGCAUGCUUCUCUGUGUAUCGUAGUUGUUCAGAUGCAAGAGUUAUGUGGGACCAGAAGACUGGGCGCUCAAGGGGUUUUGGGUUUGUUUCUUUCAGGAGUCAGCAGGAUGCCCAAAGUGCAAUAAAUGAUUUGAAUGGAAAAUGGCUUGGAAGCAGACAAAUUCGGUGUAACUGGGCGACAAAAGGUACUAGUUCUAAUGAUGACAAGCCGAGUUCUGAUGUCAAGAGUGUUGUAGAGCUAACAAGUGGAACAUCAGAAGAAAGUCAAGAAAAGAAUGAUGAUGCGCCAGAGUACAAUCUUCAGUACACCACCGUUUAUGUUGGCAAUCUUGCUUCUGAGGUUACUUCUGUGGAUCUUCAUAGGCAGUUCCAUGCACUUGGUGCAGGAACUAUUGAAGAUGUGCGUGUGCAGCGGGAUAAAGGUUUUGGUUUUGUGAGAUACAGUACACAUGCUGAAGCAGCUCUUGCUAUUCAGAUGGGAAAUGCUCGUAUUCUUUAUGGCAAACCUAUUAAGUGCUCUUGGGGUAGCAAACCCACUCCACCAGGAACAAGCUCUACCCCUCUUCCCCCACCAGCUGUUGCACAUAUGCCAGGUCUUUCAGCUGCUGACCUUGCAGCUUAUGAACGGCAGAUGGCAUUGAGCAAAAUGGCUGGUGCACAAGCCCUUAUGCAUCCACAAGGUCAGCAUGCCCUUAAGCAGGCAGUCAUGGGAAUGGGUGCUGUUGGAACUAGUCAGGCAAUAUAUGAUGGCGUGUUCCAAAAUGUUGCGACAACCCAGCAGCUUAUGUACUUCCACUAAUACUGUGUUAUGAAAAUCUCCCUUGAACCAUGAUUGGGAGGAAUUAGUAUUCGAAAAUUUGUAGGAUGAUGUUUUAUGGUUGUAAUCCUGUUAAAGUUUAUGUCCUGUAUUAUGUUACAUAUGCGCCUGCGUGUAUGCUGAAUGUUUAUUGUCUUAGAAAGAUAUGAUUGUUCAAACAUUAGCUUUUGUUUGGGAAGGGUUAAAUAUUUUAUUUUAUUUU